CAUAAAUAGUCGUAUAGUAUUCAUAUUCGUUAAAAAUCCGACGGGUGUCUGUGUUUGUGCAAACUAAUACGUAGAUACAUGUCAAGCGAGGGCCUGAUGACGUAAGCGGAAGUAAGGACUUCAAAGUGUAACAACAACAAUGGAGGCGGUGACGUCCAGCAGAAAAUAUCAUGUAAUUAUAUUCGGAGCUUCGGGCUUCACUGGCAACUUUGUGGCGGAAGAAGUGGCCCGGUACGCCGCCGACAUGACCGGAGACGAGCGUCUAAAAUGGGCAGUCGCCGGGAGAAGCCGAGCCCGUCUGGAAGUCACGUUGAAGCACGUGGCCGACAAGCUCGCUAAGCCACAGCUGAGCACAGACGUUGACAUCAUCACAGCGGACGUGUCCGACAAACAAUCUCUGGCCACCAUGUGUGGACAGGGCCUGUUGGUUGUCAACUGUGUUGGCCCAUACAGGUUUUACGGCGAGCCGGUGGUCGCUGCCUGCGUGGAGAACGGCGCUCACUACAUCGACAUCUGUGGAGAGCCUCAGUUCCUGGAGCGCAUGCAGCUGCUGUACCACACCAAGGCCUUGGACAGAGGAGUCUACGUGAUCGGCAGCUGUGGCUUUGACUCCAUCCCAGCAGACCUUGGCAUCAUCUACACUCAGAAACACUUUAAAGGCACUCUGACUGCAGUGGAGAGCUUCUUGACCAUAAGCAGCGGGCCUCAGGGCACGUGCGGCCAUGACGCAACAUGGCGCUCGGCCGUGCACGGCUUUGCUGACAGUGGCUCCCUUCGCCAGCUGAGGAGGUCGUUUGGCUACAAGCCGUUGCCGGUGGUUGGAACCAAAGUCUUCCCCAGAGGGUGUGUGUUCUUCAGCAAGGAGAUCAUGCAGUAUUCCAUCCCAUUCAUGGGUUCAGAUCCUUCUGUAGUCAAGAGAACUCAACGUUUCCUCUUUGAGGAGGAGCAUCGCUCACCAAUCCAGUAUUUUGCAUAUGUCGGGGUUGGGGGCCUCCUCUCGGUGGUCAAGCUGGUCUGUGGUGGUCUGCUCUUCUGGAUCUUGGUCAAGUUUAGCCUGGGCAGGAAGCUCCUCACCUCGUUCCCAAGGUUCUUCUCCUUGGGCUUGUUCAGCAAGGCUGGUCCAACCAUGGAGCAGAUUGAAGACACCUGCUUCAGCAUCACCUUUUUCGCCGAGGGAUACUCCGUGGGUACGGAUCCUUCAAAGGGACCACCUAAUGCCAAGAUCUGCACGCAGGUGCUGGGAGCAGAGCCCGGUUACGUUGCCACGGCGAUAGCCGUGGUGCAAGCAGCCGUGACUCUGCUGAGAGAAAGACACUCUCUCCCCAGGAGGGGCGGCGUCUACACGCCAGGAGGCGCCUUUUACAAGACGUCUCUCAUCCGUCGCCUCGGUGACCACGGCUUCAAGUUCUCUGUGGCAAAGGACUAAACUCCCUGCAUGUCUGUCAUGGUAGGUACAGUACGUACAGGAGCUAGUAAUCACAGCUCAACUUCUGCACUUCAUAUCACAUUAUUUUUCAUUUGAAAAGAAUGUAAACACUAUAAUGACUGAAAUAGAGAUUUGAUGGUCAAA